AUGCUCAAGACCCUCUUCUUCACCCUCUUGGCUCUUCUCUUCCUGUCUUCUACAGUAUCCGCUGGCAUCAUCCUCCGUGACCGUCGUGCCGUUCCAGACUACUGGUAUUCCAAUGGAGUUGUUCAUAAUAUGGUUUCCGAUAAUAUGGUUGGAGGACCAACGUCUCUUGGAUGGGCUCAAGUGCCACAUAGAUUGAGCCCAAUGUUCUCCCCUGUUUUUGGUGGACGCUAA